AUGUUGGAAGUGGUGGCUCUCGAUGCUGCUUACGACUCUGUGAUGAGCAGCCAGGGAAAGAGUGUCUACACGUGCAAGCUGUGCAACAAGGCCUUCCAGAACUACAGCAAUCUCAAGCGACAUGUCAAGCUGCAUGACCCAGUGCAGGAGUACUUUCCAUGCACUCUGUGCCAACGCAAGUAUGGCCGCAAGGACACCCUCAAGGGCCACAUGAAGCAGGCUCACGGAGUGUUGGCACACGGUGAACAGUUGUUGGAAGCGCAGCGCCAUUGUCCUGUUUGUUUAAUGGUGUUCGCCAGGCCAACUACCAUGAAGAGGCACAUGACUCUGCAUUUUCCUCAUGAUGCACCAAAGUAUCAUUGCGACAUCUACCAGAAGAGUUUCUCCAGAAAGCACUAUGCCAAAAUCCAGCGCCUCAAUGUACAUGGCCUACUCAACAACCUGGAUGAAAGUGGUACGACAUUUGACCUUGAAAGGAAGACUCCACGCUGCCGGCUGUGUCAGCGAACGUUCUACAACAGCAGCAGCCUGAGACGGCAUAUGCAGCGCCACUUGGCGAAUAACCGCCAGCGAUUUCCAUGUGGUGUCUGCUCCAAAGAGUUUACAAGAAAGGACUAUGUUCGUGAGCAUCGCAUGAAUGUUCAUGGCAUGCCAACUUAG